CAGUGCAUAGCUGCUCCGACUCGAGGUCGUUUCUCGAUUCCAGCGUCGCAUAACGACGUGGAUUGAAACGGCCGUGGAUGUGCGCGAAGGCGUACGCAAUGAAAACCAACCCGACGGCCGCCACUCUCUCACGGCGACGGCAACCUUUGCCGACGGCAGCGCCGAGCCGCCGCUUAGCGGACGUCCUUGGCGGCUUACUACGCCGCGCACGCACAGGCGGCAGUGCGCGGCUUGUGUUCGUCUGCGGAACGCCCCCGGCCGCAGAGAGAAAAGACGCGAGGAGAAUAGGAGAAUCUGCCGCGCGCUUGUGCAGCUUGUGUCGUUGCCAUCGCCGGAGAGAAGCGGAGAAGCCGUCUUCCCCGAAGCAUUGUAACUCUAGAAGGGAGCCCGGAGGCAGACUGCGCUUUAGCGUCGCCGCGAUAACGCCACUUGCGCUUCGCACCCACAAGAAGCGCGGCAACUCCGAAAAGCGAUGCUACGAAGUGCCCGAGCCGCAGCCUGCUGCCCGGCGCUCCGCGCUUGCACCGCGCGCGUCGUCGGCACGCGCAACCUAUCCGCUGUCGCGGCGGCCGUGGAACCUGCGGAGCCCAGCGUCGUUUCGCCCACAUUUCCGGGCCCCAAAUCGGAGGCGCUCAAACGCGAGCUCGACUCCAUCCAGAAUGCCGGGGCCGUGCAGCUCUUCAUCGACUACGCCAAGUCGGCCGGCAACUACAUGGUGGACGUGGACGGCAACGCUUUCCUCGACGUCUACACGCAGAUCGCGUCGCUGCCGCUCGGCUACAACCACCCGGCCAUGGUGGCCGCGGUCAGCGACCCCCGGAACGUUGCCACGUUCGUGAACCGGCCCGCGAUGGGCGUACUGCCGCCCGCCGAUCUGGUGUCCCGGCUGAAAAACGCACUCCUCUCCGUCGCUCCCAAGGGCCUCUCCGAGGUGCAGACCAUGGCGUGCGGCUCGUGCUCCAACGAGAACGCGUACAAAGCGGUGUUUAUCAGCCACAUCGCCAGGCAGCGCGACGGAAAGCCGCCGACGGCCGAAGAGCUGCACUCUUGCAAGUAUAACGUACCGCCCGGUAGUCCCCGCCUGUCACUCCUGUCUUUCGACGGCGCGUUCCAUGGGCGUACUUUUGGCGCGCUCAGCACCACUCACUCCAAGGCCAUCCAUAAGCUGGACGUGCCAUCCUUCGACUGGCCCAUCGCGCACUUCCCAGAGUACAAGUACCCGCUCGAAGAGUUCGAGUCCGAGAACAAGAAAGAGGACGAGAAGAGCCUGGCGCACGUCGAAGAGCUCUUUCACGAGUACCGCAAGAAAGGCGUCCCCGUGGCGGGACUGGUGGUGGAGCCAAUCCAGGCCGAGGGAGGCGACCGACACGCGUCCGACGAUUUCUUUCGAAGGCUGCGAGCCCUAGCCGCCAAGAACAACGUCUUGUUCAUCUGCGACGAAGUGCAGACGGGCUGCGGGCCCACCGGGAAGUUCUGGGCUCACCAGCACUGGGGUCUCGAGGACUCUCCGGACGUGGUGACCUUCAGCAAGAAAAUGUUGACAGGCGGAUACUUUUACAAGCCGCACGUCCGUCCCAAGGAGUCGUACCGCAUCUUCAAUACCUGGGUGGGAGAUCCAACCAAACUGCUGCUCAUCGAAGAGGUCCUCAAGGUCGUCAACACUGAAAAACUCCUAGAGAACGUUAGGGACACGGGCAAGUACAUGCAGAAAGGCCUCAAGGACAUCAGCAAGCGACAUCCUAACACAUUCUUCAAUGUCAGGGGACGGGGAACCUUCUGCGCUGCCGACUUGCCCUCGGAAAAGGAUAGAAACAAGUUCAUUGCGGAGAUGCACCACAAGGGAAUCCACUGCGGAGGCUGCGGAGAGCAUAGCUUCCGCAUCAGGCCUGCGCUGACUUUCCAGAGGAAGCAUGCGGACAUACUGCUAGAUCGUAUUGAGAAAGUGCUUUCGGAGAAGUUCUGAAUUUUGGCUGCUACGAUUGUUACUUGGAUUACAAGAAAUGUGUGAUAACGCACAGCUGUCCUAUUUAACUGGCCCCAUAGCACAAGUAUAUAUUGAAGAGAAGAUAGUACUGCUAGUUCCUGCUGCAUGAUUGCCCCUCUACUGGCGUAUAUUGGUUAACUCACAGGGUUUCCACACAUUGAGACAAGGACCAAUGAAUAUUAAUUGUAUUCAAUGGAAUUUUCACAAAUGAGUCAAAAAUACCUCACAAAAUGAUCUCCUAAUGAAACACACACUGUGGUUCCAUUUUUAAAGGCUUGUUGAGAUUUUAUGUGCGUAGCACUGCUGUUGCAAACUGCUAACUAAAAGUGUACACGGAUGGUCAAUUUUUCAAUUCACAAGUGUAUUUCUUUUGUUGCUAAUUAUGUCGACGUUGUUUUUACAUCUACUCUGUUUAACUGACAUGCUAUAUUUGUAAAUAUGCACUAAUAAUAAUUUUAGACAAUUGUACUCGCACUCAAGCGCUACUGUGCGAAAAGAGAGAUAUUUAGCGUAUACAUAACAUGCCAUGAAUGCUUUGUGGUGACUCACUAAAAAUGAGCCACAAUUAUAUUUGCAUGGGCAGGAGAAAAUUGUUUUGUUGCAACAAUGCCAGAGGUAGAGUUUAUUUACACCUCUCCAUAAGCUUCAAAGAAUAUUUUAACCGUGUUACUUUUAUACACCUCACAAGUGUCGACGUAUUUUGAGAUUUCUUGCUUUGUUUUGGGCAUAUUGUAAUUUUUAAGGGCGUAGGCAGUCUACUUUGCAAGUGCCUGCUGCUUCAAAUGAUAAUAGAUAUGAGAUUGUGAGACAUGUAUUUGUUAUUUUCUUUGCUGUUGUGUUUUCUUAACCAAUAGGUCGUCAAAGAAUUGUUGCAGAAGCAGACUUUAGAUCUGUACAAACAUUUAGGCAUGUGCAAACCACCAGUGAUAUUUGAUGCUGCCCCUAGCAAGGGCUUAUUUUCCCUGAUCAUGAAAUUUCAUGUUCAGAUGCGACUUCUUCAAACUGCUAUGUACAGUGUGAUCCAAAAGUAAGAGAGAAAGCAAAAAUGUAACAAUUGGUAAAGUAUACAUCAUAGCAAAAUACUGCUUUGACAGAAAUGCACAGAAAAACACAGGAGUUUCUUCUUUUCGUAUAAAAUUAUCUUGCAGCCAGAGUAGUUACAUUUGUCACUAAAAUAUGGUGCUGUUGUAACUUCAAAGCACUAUCCGUAACUUCUGCCUGUCUGCAACUACAAAGUACUGACUCAACCGAAGCACCACCUACGUGUUGAUGACAAAUGCAACAUUUUUAUUUUUAAAAUCCCAUGUCUUUCUAUGCACUUCUGCAAGAACUGCAUCUUGUUACGGUCUAUACUUUUUAAAUUGUUACUUUUUUUUUAGUUGCGACAUAAGCCCACAGGCAGUGAAGCCGGGGAAUGCAUUGUAAAAAAUCAAUUUCAUUGUAUGAUGGCUUUGUGUGGUUCUAACAAAAAGUUUAGCCCCGCAGUUCCCCUUAUUUUCUCACCUUCCCUUUGGUGUUAUUUUUGGAUCACCCUGUAUGUUUGCUGAAUAUAGGGCGAUCGUAGAUGGGAAAAGCAACUGUAUGUAUGCAUCGAACUACUUGGCAGGAGAACAUAACCUAAAUGAACACUGCACACAUGCUCCUUAUUUGAAGGCCAUACACAUAAAUGUAGAAAGCAUUUAAUGAAGUGUGUAAUGACUGAAAAGCAUUUCUCAUUUUUAACAGAUGUGUUCUUCUCCACCGUGGUUCUGGAGACGAAAUGGUUGAACUCCACGAAGAUUCAGAAAAGAGGCAGUGCAUGCAUUACUGGUCUCAGGGCCACUUGUAACAAGCUUCAAUAUACGUUCAAGUGUUUUGAAACCUGCACUGCCCCACAAAAUAGUGCCGCUGUUUGUUGCAAGUCAUGUAGUUCAUGGUAUCUAUGUUACUAGUAUGCAUUGUUAUGUUGCAUGUGAAGCGUGACACCACAUUCGUCUGUUGUUGCUGUUGUUGUUGUUGAACUGAGCUUCCCACUUGAAUGGUAUAAUGGGCACCAUUGCCAGUGUGAAGAUUCUGCGAGCAGCUCAUCCUGUUCUUCCAUUUUUUCAAACAUUUUUUUCAAACCUGUUGUCAGAGAUACUAUACAAUGGCCUGUCCGUGCAGGUUUUAAAGCGGAAUGUAUUCUACGCUUAUGAAUAAUUACUGGGCGCUCUUGCGCCGUUUGUAUGAUGCUGUGUGGGAAGACUUUGAAUAAGUGACCCAGGUGGCUGCCAUAGCUGGCCACACUUGCUGCGUUGUCUGCUUAUAUCUACGACUCAUUCAACUCCCCCGGUGUAAUGUACAAUGAUGUGCAAUAAAGUUAUUUAUAUGCGA